CUAAUUAAAAGAUAUUAAUAAUGUAAAUUAUUAAGAGCAAGACAGUGUAGUAAUUAGUGCAUCGUUCACAAUACAAUAAGAUUGUGUGGCAAUCAUCAAACCCAUACAAUAAGAGAUGGCAAUACAAAUUUAAGAAUGCUUACUAUACUUACCCAAGAGACAUUAAUCAAGAGCAUACAUAUGUUAAAACACCAAAAGACAAUUGGGAAUCAGUACCACUUGGAUGGGCAUGGAUUUAGGAUUUAUUGCAUAGACAUGUAAGAUCUACAAUCUCAAAUUUAGGUCCCAAAUUUCUCAUGUUUAAUUGAAAGAAGACAUAGAUUAUUUGAUAAAUUCAAUGUUUACUUUUUGCCUGCAUUCAGUCUCUUCUGCUAUCAAUUUUAUCCUUUAGCCUUUGGAUUCAAAGUAUUUCGUUUCAAUUAAAAUAGGUUUUAACUGUAUUGCCAUUGGCCAUGUUAUAUGUGAGAGCAAGAGAUAAAUGUGGUGAUCCUGAUUUUAAGGAAACAUACCUUAGAGAUAUGCUCUAUAAGAAUAACGAAAUUAACGCUCUCUUCAAGGAAGAAACUAUUCAUGUCUUAGAUUACGAUUGUGAAUACGAUCGUGGAUAUCCAUGUCCUGAAAAAUUCCCAGAAUUCAAAAAUAAGGUACGGAUUGAAAAUAAUCUCUAAGUUUUGGUAAUUCUUUAACACUGACACCUCGAUGACUACUGGACAUUUCAAGAUGGCUGAUGUUGAAUCAGGUGCAGUUAUGAAUUUGAAGUUCAAGACAAUGCCUGUUCCAGGAAAAUACAGAUAUUAAAUUGGAGAGCCAUUCUAUUUCUAUGAUUUGAGAGGUAUCCAAUUACAUUUACAUUAAAAGCUGAAAUAACUCAUAAUGGCUAGCACAAAGAGGUUGUUUUAGUUGAUGAGAAAGUCGCCCUAUAAAAAAUCAGACCAUUUUUAUUAAUCAUUUGAAAAAUAAUAUAAGAAUCAAUCUAGCAUAUUAAAAUUAUAUUCAAC